AUGGAAAACAUAUCAAAUCUAUCGUCAAAUUUGCCGCCUACAAAGCCUGUAAAUGAAGAGGCUUUAAAAGAUCUAGAUCAAGAGUUAUCUUUGGAGUUCAAAAAUGCCGCUAAAUCAGUUGCAAGUCUUUACAAAUUAUCAUUACAGAAACAAUCAAUGUUGAAAUAUAAAGGUUAUUUAGAUUGUAUUAAUGAUUUAUUAAACAUAAUUAAAAAUGAUGAUGAUGUGGAAAAUUGGGCGUUAAUGAAAAAAUUAGAAUUAGAAGGGAAACUAAUAAAUGAAGAUUCUAAAAAUGAAUCAACUGCUUCAGAUCAACAAAAUUUAAAUUCUUCAAUAUUAAAAUCAGGAUUUUCUGAUAUAAGUCAAAUCCAAAAUCAAGAUUUUACAAUGUCAUAUCCAUCAAAUCAUAAAUUCCCACCAACAAUGCCUUUAUUAUCAGUUGAUCAUUCAAAUCAUAAAUCAGAUCAAAGACAUCGUUCUCAAAGACAUAACAAUACAAAAGAUAUUAACAAUCAAUCAAGUGAUCCAGUAUUAUCACCAUCUUCAGAAGAUGAUUCUAUAAUUGAUGAUUCGGCAUCCAAAAGAAAAAUCCAAUCAAUGAGAGUUGAUAAAAGAAUGAAACAUUAA